GAAAUUUGUGAAUGGAUUUCUUCAAUUUCUGUCUUUGAAUUUUUUUAAUCUAUUAAUUCUAAUUGAACUCAGUUCGCUGAAGUCGGCCAGGAUAAGUAAAAUUAGCGUUUUAUCCAAUUAUUACAAUGGUUGACCACCAAGAAAACAAUUUGAAGAAGUUAACAGAAAAUGAAAAACAAAUUUUUGGUGCAAUAGACCAAAAUGACAUUGUGCGUCUUAAGACCCUUUUAUCAGAAGUAGCGAAUGUGAAUUUUGUUGAUGAAAACUCCAUGACUCCCUUGCAACAUGCAGCUUAUAAAGGAAACAAGGAAAUUGUUCAGCUCCUCUUGGAUCAAGGUUCUGAUGUAAAUUAUUGUGAACACCAACAUAAUUACACAGCUUUACAUUUUGCUGGAUUGUCAGGAAACUCAGAUGUCUGUUUAGCUCUAUUAUUAGCAGGUGCAAAGUCUCUGGUAACCAAUACUGUUGGGCGUAAUGCUGCUCAGAUGGCUGCUUUUGUUGGCCAUCAUAGUUGUGUUGCAGUUAUCAAUAAUUAUAUUCCCAAACAAGAUGUUGAUUAUUAUACCAAAGUUCAUGGUACACAGUCAAUUCCUACUUUACCACCUUUUUUAGCAGAUAGUUUCCAUAAAUUUAUUAUGCAAGUAAACAUUCAUCCAGUAAAAGUUGCUUUAAAUGUACAAAAUUUUGUUGGUUUAUCUGAACAUUUGACAGAGCUGAAGAAAGUACUGGAGUUGAUGUCUGAAAGGGAAAUCAAAAGAGGGGCAGAAAUGAAUGAAGUUAUGUCUUUCAAAUUUCAUUACCUUGCAUAUGUGAUAGGAGAAAUAGCAAAGAUACGCCAAAGACAGAAUAAUACUAAGAAGGAUGAAGCUGAUGAUGAAAAGAAAUUGGAUAUAACAGAACUAUUCACUAGAAAACUCUUGAAACCUGGUAAAGAUGGUCAAAUGGAAGUGAUGGAUGGUUUUCUGAAAGAAUGCAUCAGAGAAUUUCCUUUUAGGGACUGCACAUUAUUUCGUCAAAUAGUAACCAGUUUAGCAGGAGAGGAUCCCCCAUCCCCUUUCAAUGUUAUAAAUGCAUCUAUAAAUGGCCAAAGAGGAUUUGUAGACAAUUUAUCCAUAUGCAGUACAUGUGGAGAAGAGAAACCCACAAAAAAAUGUUCAAAAUGUAAAAGUGUGCAGUACUGUGAUAGAAACUGUCAAAGAUUACAUUGGCAUUGGCACAAAAAAUGCUGCUCCAGGAUAAGCCAAGGGUUACAUGAAAAUGAUAUUCAAGUGAAACCCAGUGCAAAUGAGAUUGCAGCUGAUAUACAGAACUUAUUAGUGAAUGACCAAAAUUGAUUAUUUUCCAUAACAUUGAUAAUUUACCAGAGCAGUUCUUUUAUGAACAAACAGUUUUUUUUACAACUAAACAUUUUUUUUUGAGCCAGGACAAGACUACCACAACAGUAUUUAUUCAUGGUGGACACAUUCAAUGUACAAAAAAGUAAUUAUAUUCGAAUUUUUUAAUUUACCAUAAGAUGCCAUAAGACAAAAGUUCAUUUUUCAUAAUUUUAAUAUUGUAUUUCAAUGUUCUCCUCAACUAAAAUAUAAUGAAGAAUUGUAAUUGAAACUAGAACUGUUCUUUUUAUGGAAUAUAAUUUACCAAUAAUAUACUAGGUACUGUAUUUGAAAAAUAUAUCUAAUAUAAUAUAUGCACACUUAUGUCUUAA